GUCCCACCGCAGGUCCUGGCCAUGCCAUCAGCAACCUGCUCAUCUUGUCCGUGAGGGCUUCCCAGCUGGCCGGGCUGCCCCCACGGCUCCUGCACGUGUGCCUGCCCCGGGAAUCUGGGGCCGUUUCCCACUCCUCUUCAACCGUCAGCGACAUCUUGGGCCUUCUUUUCCAGUCAGGUGGGACAGCGACCCUAUGAGGCUGUGUCUUAUCCCUCGGAACACGGGCACUCCACAGAGGGUCCUGCCUCCUGUGGUCUGGAGCACCCCCUCAAGGAAGAAACCCGUGCUGUCUGCUCGCAACUCUAUGAUGUUUGGACACCUCAGCCCCGUGAGGAUCCCUCGUCUCAGAGGCAAGUUUAACCUUCAACUUCCUUCAUUAGAUGAGCAGGUGAUCCCAGCCAGGCUCCCGAAGAUGGAGGUGAGGGCAGAAGAGCCCAAAGAAGCAACGGAGGUGAAAGACCAGGUAGAGACCCAGGGGCAGGAGGACAAUAAAAGGGGCCCCUGUAGCAAUAGGGAAGCAGCCUCCACCUCUAGGCCCCUGGAGACUCAGGGAAACCUCACUUCCUCCUGGUACAAUCCCAGGCCCUGAGGGAAUGUCCACCUCAAGAGCUUGACAGAAAAGAACCAGACUGACAAGGCCCAGGUGCAUGCAGUGAGUUUCUACUCCAAGGGCCAUGGAGUCGCCAGUUCACACAGCCCUGCUGGAGGCAUCCUUCCCUUUGGGAGGCCUGACCCACUUCCAACAGUGCUCCCUGCCCCAGUUCCGGGCUGCUCCCUGUGGCCAGAGAAGGCGGCCUUGAAGGUGCUGGGUAAAGACUACCUGCCCAGCUCUCCAGGCUUGCUGAUGGUGGGGGAGGACAUGCAGCCCAAGGAUCCUGCAGCUCUUGGAUCAAGUAGGUCUUCUCCACCCAAAGCUGCCGGCCACAGGUCCCACAAAAGAAAACUGUCGGGGCCACCGCUGCAGCUGCAACUGACCCCUCCCCUGCAACUGAGGUGGGGUAGAGAUGAGGGGCCCCCACCAGCUAAGCUUCCAUGUCUAUCUCCUGAGGCACUGUUGGUGGGUCAGGCUUCCCAAAGAGAAGGACACCUCCAGCAGGGCAACAUGCAUAAGAACAUGAGGGUGUUAAGUAGAACAUCAAAAUUCAGGAGACUAAGACAGCUGCUUAGGAGGAGAAAGAAGAGAUGGCAGGGCAGGUGUGGUGGCUCACGCCUGUAAUCCAGCACUUUGGGAGGCCCAGGUGGGCGGAUCAGGAGGUCAAGAGAUUGAGACCUGAGGAGCAUCUCUGCCUGCACCAUCUGGGAAGUGAGGAGCGCCUCUGCCCAGCUGCCCCACCAUCUGGGAAGUGAGGAGCGCGUCUGCCCAGCUGCCCCACCAUCUGGGAAGUGAGGAGCACCUCUGCCUGGCCACCACACCGUCUGGGCAGUGAGGAGUGCCUCUGCCCGGCCCCCGCCCUAUCUGGGAAGUGACGAGCGCCUCUGCCCGGCCGCCUCACAGUCUGGGAAGUGAGGAGUGCCUCUGCCCGGGCCCUGCUCCGUCUGGGCAGUGAGGAGUGCCUCUGCCAGGCUGCUGCCCUGUCUGGGAAGUGAGGAGCGCCUCUGCCCGGCUGCCGUCCUGUCUGCGAAGCGAGGAGUGCCUCUGCCUGGCCCCCUUACACCGUGGGAAGUGAGGAGCGCUUCUGCCUGGCCACUGCCCUGUCUGGGAAGUGAGGAGCACCUCUGCCCAGCCGCCCACCAUCUGGGAAUUGAGGAGGAGCACUGCCUCUGCCCGGCCUCCACCCCAUCUGGGAAGUGACGAGCACCUCUGCCUGGCCACCUCACGGUAUGGGAAGUGAGGAGCACCUCUGCCCAGCCGCCGCCCCGUCUGGGAAGUAAGGAGCGCCUCUGCCUCGCCGCCGUCCUGUCUGCGAAGUGAGGAGUGCCUCUGCCCAGCCGCCGCCCUGUCUACGAAGUGAGGAGUGCCUCUGCCCGGUCCCCUCACUGUCUGGGAAAUGAGGAGCGCCUCUGCCUCGCUGCCGUCCUGUCUGCGAAGUGAGGAGGGCCUCUGCCCAGCCACCGCCAUGUCUGCGAAGUGAGGAGUGCCUCUGCCCGGCCCCCUCACCAUCUGAGAAAUGAGGAGCGCCUCUGCCUCGCCGCCUUCCUGUCUGUGAAGUGAGGAGGGCCUCUGCCCAGCCGCCGCCAUGUCUGCGAAGUGAGGAGUGCCUCUGCCCGGCCCCCUCACCGUCUGGGAAAUGAGGAGUGCCUCUGCCUCGCCGCCGUCCUGUCUGCGAAGUGAGGAGGGCCUCUGCCCGGCCUUCUCACCGUCUGGGAAGUAAGGAGCGCCUCUGCCUCGCCGCCGUCCUGUCUGCAAAGUGAGGAAUGCCUCCGCCCAGCCCCCUCACCGUCUGAGAAAUGAGGAGCGCCUCUGCCUCGCCGCCAUCCUGUCUGCGAAGUGAGGAGGGCCUCUGCCCAGCCGCCGCCAUGUCUGCGAAGUGAGGAGUGCCUCCGCCCGGCCCCCUCACCGUCUGGGAAAUGAGGCGCGCCUCUGCCUCGCCGCCGUCCUGUCUGCGAAGUGAGGAGUGCCUUUGCCCAGCCUUCUCACCAUCUGGGAAAUGAGGAGCGCCUCUGCCUCGCUGCCGUCCUGUCUGCGAAGUGAGGAGUGCCUCUGCCCGGCCUCCUCACCGUCUGGGAAAUGAGGAGCGCCUCUGCCUGGCCACCGUCCCAUCUGGGAAGUGAGGAGCGCCCCUGCCCAGCCGCCACCCUGUCUGGAAAGUGAGGAGCACCUCUGCCCGGCCCCCUCACUGUUUGUAAGGGAGGAGCGCCUCUGCCCAGCCCCCGCACCGCCUGGGAAGUGAGGAGCGCCUCUGCCUGGCCCCCUCACCAUCUGGGAAGUGAGGAGCGUCUCUGCCCGGCUGCUGCGCAACCUUCCAAGUGUGAAGUGAUAGCCUUGUGUGUGAUCUUUCUGCCCUCCCCAAGUUGGCAUUUUUGACAUUAAAGUUUGCUUUUUAAUUAAAAAAAAGGAGAUCGAGAUCAUUCUGGCCAACAUGGUGAAACUCCGUCUCUACUGAAAAUACAAAAAUUAGGCGGGCACGGUGGCUUGUGCCUGUAGUCCCAGCUACUCGGGAGGCUGAGGCAGGAGAAUGGCUUGAACCCGGGAGGUGGAGGUUGCAGUGAGCCGAGAUCGCACCACUGCACUCCAGCCUGGUGACAGAGCAAGAUUCCGUCCUGAAACAAUGUUGUAGUUGAGAACAGGAUGGUCUUUUGGGACAGGAGGAACAAGAGGUUCUGGUUGCCACUCUUCAACGAGUUCUUCUUUUUCUUUGACUGUAAGAUCAGAUCGUUCUUGUAAUUUGUAAGUCUUAGAGAAAAGAAGUCUGAUUAUCCAGAGUAUCAGAAUCCCUUCCAAAAUAAGAUGGUAAUCAGGAGCCUCGUAAAGCGCCUGUACCAUCUCCACCAGAACCCACUGCUCCAUGGCGGUCGCCAGAGUUAGCCGCUUCCUUCCGGAAGGCAGGUCACAAGCACGUCCUCGGGUUUGAUGUUUUAAGGCAUCUCAUAUUAAACAGGCUCCAAGAGGACUACAAAUUUAACUAAUUCAAGAGUGACACAUGCAGAGUACAAGAAGUAACUCACGAAAGAAGAAAUCUAUACAAAUGCAUGCUAGGACAGAACUUACUUUGCAAAUGUAUGGCAUAAAAUCAGUCCAGACAAGUAAAAACCACAAGUUAAGUAGGAAUUAGCAGCGUGUCACUGUAAUU